CUGCUCUCCUUCCCACCGACCUCGACGUCUGUAACGCUCCCCGACGACGCCUCAGACGCAGAACCCGGCUCAGCCGCCCUGCGAGACUCCUCCUGACUGUGCGGCAGCGAUCACCCGCUUGUCACCUUCCGCGGCUCCGGAAAUUUGUUUCCUCCCCGCCACUCCAACCCAAUUUUUUCGCAGUGGCCCCUCGUAAUUGCGCAAAAUUCGGCAUCUGCACGUAGCACGAGGAAUUACAACCGCAAAGGACGUCCCAUGUCGCGUCUCUCACUCGCACAACAAAUCGCGCAACUCGAUGAGCCCGCUCCUCUCGACGUCGAUCCGGAAGCCCUCCACUCGGGAGAACCGACUGAAGCUGGAGAAGGCGCGGGAAUUGGGAUAGAUAUAGAUACCGCUGCGAGGGAACAUUAUCUCGAUGUUGGACCGUCCAUCCUACGCAAAGCCCAAGACAGCAUCGCGGAUCCGAAAUAUGACGGCGUGAGGGUCUCGAGGAAGAAGUUGUUAGAGAUGGAGGAAAGUCAGAGUGGGAGUGCGGACGAGGGGGAGUCGGGGCUUGAGAAUGACGACCUGGAAGUUCCGGGACAUUCACAUGACGAGGACGAUUCUGAAGACGAAGACGAAGAGGAAGAGGAGGACGAGGACAAGGACGAAGAAGAGGAAGAGAGCGAAGAAGAGCCUCACCGAAAAACAAAACCGAACACCAAUGGCGCGUCAAAUUCAAAUGAUCCACCAGAACCGGAGCUGCAGCAAAAUGUGAAUGCGGAUGAUUUGUCGUCGACGUUAGCACAGAAACGUGAGGAGGAUAAGAGGAAGGGGAGGGCGGUUGUUAAGCAGCUGGCCCUGUGGGAUUCCCUCCUCGAUGCCCGGAUCCGACUUCAAAAGUUCGCCGUCGCCGCGAACAAACUACCCACCCCAUCCGCUAUCCCGCCCUACGUCGCACAACACCCAAGAUGUCGCGAGGCGCAGGAACGCCUUGCGAGAGAGACGAAGAGACUGGGGGAGGAGAUAUGUGGGUUUAGGAAGGAUCUGAUCAAGCGCGAGAAUAUCGAUGUGGAUCUGGACUUGGACGCGAGGCCUGCGAAGCGGAGACGCGUCAUUGGAAAUGGAGAUGGAGGGGAGGACGAGACGGGGAUGGAGGUGGAGGCGGAGGCGGAGGCGGAGGAGCUGUUGAAGGAGGCGAGCGAGGAUGUGGUGAGGAUGGAGCAUGCGUAUCACAAGCACCUCACACAGACCCUUCACAAAUGGUCCGCCAAAGUCGCGGCCGUGGCGCCCGAAACGCUCCGUUCGUCAAAUAAAAACUCGUUCUCCGCCGGGAAAGGCGGGAAGGCAUCAGGUGGGGUGAAAGGUGUGGGGGAGCAGGUGGACGAGAUAUUGAGGGCGGAUGGGGAGAAGGUUAGGAAGAGGACGAGGGUGAGGAGGUCGAAGGGAUCUAGAGUGCAUUUGCAUUUGCAUUUGGGCGAGGGUGAGGUGGAGGGAGAGGAGGUGGAGAAGGGAAUGGGGGUGGAUGGGGACGAGGACGAGGAGGUUUUUGAUGAUACUGAUUUUUAUCAGCAGUUAUUGAGGGAUGUGAUUGAGGCGAAGGGAGCGGGUGGGGGAGCGGGCGGUGGGAUGAGCGAGGAUUGGAUGAUGAUGCAGAAGCAGAGGAAGGCGAGGAAGAAUGUGGACACGAAGGCUAGUAAGGGGCGCAAACUUCGAUAUGAAGUCCACGAAAAGAUCCAAAACUUCAUGGUCCCCGUACCGCUCCACAACGCCUGGCACGAAUCGCAGAUCGACGAGCUGUUCGCGUCGUUAUUGGGCAAAGGGUUCGAGCAUGCUAAUAAUGGGGGUCAUGCAGUCGAUGACGACGUGGAUGGCAUGGGUGUUGAGAGGGUUGAGCUGGGUGCGGAGGCUUUGAAAGGAUUUAGGGUGUUUGGGUAGUGUAUUUGUUCAUGUCGUGGCACUGCUCUGAUCUUCGUGUCUUGUUCUGUAUGUGAACUAUACUCGUUCGUACCCUAAGCAUAGU